CCGUGAAGUGGGGAAACGAAAGGCCGCUUCUUUCUCUUUUGGUUUCCUCCGCUCCAGAGUGGGUAGCCGGCGGGGGACGCAGGCCUCGCUUCGCCUCCGCCAGCUUAGCACGCGCGCCGGGAGUGGGGGUUUCCUCGCCUCACAGCAGUCGGGACAAGCAAACUUGUAGGGGCGGCGAACCCCCGGCCCAAUGCCUGAGCCGGGCCGCGAGGCCACGGGGAAGUGACUUCUUACUCUCGGUUUUUUUUUUUUUUCUCUUUCCUUUGGUUCUUCCCGGUGAGUGGUUCCUCUGGGAAGGCGGCCGCGUGCGGACAGCCAUGCAUUAGGCAGGCCUCCCCUAUGCGCCCGGAAAAAGCGGACCUGUGCCUCGGGCCGCUGCCUCCUGCCGCCGCCCGCAGAGCCGGAGCCGCCGCCUGCCCUAGGCCGGGGCGUCGAGGAGCCGGCGGCGCAGCCAUGUGGGGUUAGCCCGCGCAGCGCCUGGGCUGCAGUGGGACCGGCAACAUGGAGGCGACCGUCUGCGCCCCCGACGGCGGGGACCAGGGCGGCACGGGGCCCUGCGAGGACGCGACGCUCAUGGACGCCUAUCUGCGGAAACUGGGCUUGUAUCGGAAACUGGUCGCCAAGGACGGAUCGUGCCUGUUCCGGGCCGUGGCGGAGCAGGUCUUGCACUCCCAGUCUCGCCAUGUUGAAGUCAGGAUGGCCUGUAUUCGCUAUCUUCGGGAGAAUAGAGAGAAGUUUGAAGCGUUUAUAGAAGGGUCAUUUGAAGAGUAUUUAAAACGUUUGGAAAAUCCACAGGAAUGGGUUGGACAAGUGGAAAUAAGUGCCCUUUCUCAUAUGUACAGGAAAGAUUUUAUAAUUUAUCAGGAACCAAAUGUUUCUCCGUCACAAGUAACUGAAAAUAAUUUUCCUGAAAAGGUAUUACUGUGUUUUUCAAAUGGAAAUCAUUAUGAUAUUGUCUAUCCCAUGAAGUAUAAAGAAAGCUCUGCUAUAUGUCAGUCCCUCCUUUAUGAAUUGCUGUAUGAGAAGGUAUUUAAAACUGAUGUUACUAAAAUCCUGAUGGGACUAGACUCCUCUGAAGUGGCUGGUGAAAACAACGGUGAUAUAUCCGAUUCGGAGGAUGACAGUUACAAGAGUAAAACUACCACUGUUAAUGAUGUGAAUGGAUUGAAAGCUUUGUCAGGCGACCAGCAUCUGAAGAACAGUGGGAACUCUACCAGCCCUCCUUUGUCUAGAAAGGUUCUGAAAUCACUCAAUCCAGCUGUCUAUAGAAAUGUGGAGUAUGAAAUUUGGCUGCAGUCUAAACAGGCUCAACAGAAACGUGAUUAUUCCAUCGCUGCUGGCUUACAGUAUGAAGUUGGAGAUAAAUGCCAAGUUAGGUUAGAUCACAAUGGAAAGUUCUCUAACGCAGAUAUUCAAGGGGUUGACUCUGAGAACGGACCAGUUUUAGUCGAAGAACUUGGAAAGAAACACUCACUGAAGAACCUCAAGCCUCCUCCCCCAGAAAACUGGAACACAGUGUCAGGGAAGAAGAUGAAAAAACCUUCUACUUCAGGACAGAAUUUCCAUUCUGACACGGAUUACAGAGGGCCGAAGAAUCCAAGCAAGCCAGUAAAAGCUCCGUCAGCACUACCUCCUCGCCUCCAGCACCCUUCAGGAGUGAGACAGCACACAUUUGCUGGUCAUUCUUCAGGGUCCCAGUCUCAGAAGUCCUCCAGUGAGCACAAGAACCUUAGCAGGACACCCUCACAGAUCGUAAGGAAACCUGAUCGUGAGAGAGUGGAGGAUUUUGAUCACACAAGUCGAGAAUCUAACUAUUUUGGCCUCUCCCCGGAGGAGCGCAGAGAGAAGCAAGCUAUAGAGGAAUCUCGUUUACUCUAUGAGAUUCAGAACAGAGACGAACAGGCUUUCCCUGCCCUUUCCAGCUCUUCAGUCAGUCAGCCAGCUUCUCAGAGUAGCAACCCAUGUAUCCAGAAAAAGUCAUCCCAUGUGAAAGGAAGCAGGCAGAGGAUGGAUACCGAAGAACGAAAAGAGAAAGAUCCUAUCCAUGGACAUGAUCACUUGGAUAAGAAAUCCGAGCCAAACACAUUGGAGAAUAUUGGUGGUGAUAAAUGUGCAAGAGUUUCAUCACCAUCAAAGUCAAAGAAAUCAGAGUACCCAUCUCCUGCAGAACAAAAGCCGCCAGAACGUGUGUCUUUAUCAAAUCCAGCUCCCCUUCUAGUUUCUCCAGAGGUACAUCUAACUCCUGCGGUGCCUUCUUUACCAGCCACUGUGCCAGCCUGGCCGAGCGAACCUGCAACUUUGGGUGGACCAACAGGUGUUCCUGCCCAGAUUCCUGUUUUGCCAGUGACACCAACUCUGACCACUGGACCUGAUUCUGCUGUGUCACAAGCUCAGUUAACACCCUCCCCAGUUCCUGUUUCAAUGCAGGCGGUUAACCAGCCCUUGAUGCCUUUGCCUCAGACACUGAGCCUUUACCAGGACCCACUCUAUCCUGGGUUUCCUUAUAAUGAAAAGGGAGAUCGAGCCAUUGUACCACCCUAUUCACUGUGUCACACUGGGGAGGACCUGCCUAAAGAUAAGAGCGUUCUUCGAUUCUUCUUCAAUCUUGGCGUGAAGGCAUAUAGUUGUCCUAUGUGGGCUCCACAUUCUUACCUGUACCCUUUGCACCAGGCCUACCUGGCAGCCUGCAGGAUGUACCCAAAGGUUCCUGUCCCUGUGUAUCCUCCUAGUCCUUGGUUCCAGGAAGCUCCUUCUACUCAGAAUGAAAAUGAUUGUACCUGUGCAGAUGCACACUUUCCUAUGCAGACUGAGGCCAGUGUGAACGGUCAAAUGCCACCAGCAGAGAUUGGACCGCCAACGUUUUCUUCACCUCUGGUUAUCCCUCCGUCUCAGGUGUCUGAAAGUCAUGGACAGUUGUCUUACCAGCCUGACCUUGAAUCUGAGAACCCUGGGCAGCUUCUUCAUGCUGAAUAUGAAGAGUCACUGAGUGGCAAGAAUAUGUUCCCACAGCCGUCCUUUGGACCGAAUCCAUUCUUAGGCCCAGUUCCCAUUGCACCUCCUUUCUUUCCUCACGUGUGGUAUGGGUACCCAUUUCAAGGAUUCAUAGAAAAUCCAGUAAUGCGGCAGAACAUUGUCCUGCCCUCUGAUGAGAAAGGAGAAUUGGAUCUGCCCCUGGAAAAUCUGGAUCUGUCUAAGGACUGUGGUUCAAUGUCAGCAGUGGAUGAGUUUCAGGAGGUGGGGGGUGAAGAUGGACCCCCUCUCCUGGAAGGAGGUCUGAGCAGUCAGCAUGAAGGCCAGGUGGAGCAGUCAUCCCAGACACCUCAGGCAGAACCAGCCUUGGCGUCCACCCCUCCUGUAGCAGAGGGAAAGGCUCAUCUUCCCACUCAGAUUCUAAACAGGGAGAGAGGGGCCGUUGUUGAACUUGAGCCUAAAAGGACCAUUCCAAGUCUGAAAGAAAAACCAGAGAAAGUGAAAGAUCCCAAGAUUGCUCCCGAUGUGGUUAGCCCUGGGGCCAUCUCAGUGGAUAGCAGAGUGCAAAGACCAAAAGAAGAGAGUUCAGAAGACGAAAAUGAAGUGUCUAAUAUUCUGAAAAGCGGCAGAUCCAAGCAGUUCUAUAAUCAGACUUAUGGGGGCAGGAAGUACAAAAGUGAUUGGGGUUAUUCUGGCAGGGGAGGGUUUCAGCAUGCGAGAGGUGAGGAGUCCUGGAAAGGGCAGCCAAGCAGAAGCCGGGAUGAGGGUUAUCAGUACCACCGCAAUGUCAGAGGACGCCCGUACAGGGGAGACAGGAGGAGGUCGGGGAUGGGAGAUGGCCACCGGGGACAACACACCUGAUGCGUGUUGCUUGGGUGCCGUAGAGCAGAUGCCUGUAGGUGGCGUGUUCCUGAAGGCUUUGUAAAAGAUAAUGUUAAAAUAAAAACCCACGUGGAAACUAUCUCCUCCCCUCCCCCUUGCCCCUCACUCCCAGCCUGAACAUGAGAUUUUGGACAUGAGUUCAAAGGGGCAGAUGAGUUCCUGGUGUUGCCAUCUUUUUUCAUUCAAUAUGUUUGUUUAUCAGGUGACUGCCCCCAUAGAAAGUAGAAAAAUAAGUUUGUUAAAGUAUUUUUUAUAAACAGCUUAAUAUAAAACAUAGAUUUAGUGUUUGGUUUUUUCCUUGUAUAUGUUUGACUUCAAAUGUGGAAAUGUGUGCUUUAUAUAGUGUUUACUGAAGUGACCAGAAAAUGUACCAUUUGACACACUAUAGAUUCCAAAACAUAACAUUGCACCAAAUAGAAAUGUAUAUUUUAUUAUUCAAUGCCUUAGUCAUAAACUGGGCUCGAACAGUUCUCAGCCUAAAACACUGUUGUCUUUUGAAAUGCUUCCAACCCAAAGGCCUUUCAUCUCAAUAUCUGUCAAACUUGAAUAAUGUCUUCUCUUUAAUAUUACACAUAAGGCAGCCUAUUAUCCUAUGUCUUAGAGAUGUUGUAUAUAGUUCUUUUAAUAUUCAUAGGGGUGUAUUUUUGAAUUUUGGUGAGUAUUUGUUGAACUUGGGAUUGCACACAGGAAUAGAUAGAUGUUUAAGAAAUAAUAGGAAAUCCAAUGAAAUAUGGCUGUUCCCACAAGAAUUCUUAGCACUGGUGUAAAUAUCAUGGUGCCUACUCGAAAGAAACGUAGAUGCUAUGCAUUUUGAAAAUAACCUGCAUCUGGUAAAGCUGCAGAAGUUUUUUAAUGCCACUUUAACACUAAUGCACUGACAGAUUCUAAAUAUUUUGUGAGAAGAAAUGUUAAAAAUUUUUAGUUGGACAGGUUUUUGUAGAGUUGCUGUGUUUUGUGUUCCUCCUUAUACCACUGGUUAUAUGUGUCACUUUACAUUUGCAUGUUCAGCUUGUCGCAGGUGGAACUAUCGUACAGAAGUGAGAUGAUUGUGACUUCUAGUUUUUUGCUAGAGGAUGCUGCUAGAAACUGGUUUUGCUUUGCAUUUUUAUAGCUUGUUACGUUAGGUGACAUGCCUCUGAUCUGCUUCCUUUCUCCAAUCUUUGCAGUAUUCCUAGUGGUUCCCUUUGCAUGUUGCACUCUGUUCUCCUUGGAGAUGUGACUGAAUUAACACAGUAUUCAUUCAUCUGUGUUAUUUUGUAAAAAUUGCUGUAGCUUAUAUUCCUUAUUUGUACAUAUCAGUGUGAAAAACUACCCUUUUUUAUGUUAAGAUAUUACCUUUUGAUCAGGAAGCUUGAGUGCUAUGCAAAUAACAUAAUAGUAAUUUCUCUUUGCAUGCCUGUGUAAUAUACCAAGCCAAAAAUAGAUUUGCUGGCUUUUUUUUUUUUUUUUUUUUAAAAGCAGAUUACUUUAAAAG